ACUCCGGGCUGCUUGUUCAUUGUACUGAGUCAGCGGCCAUACGCAAAUGGAUCCAGAGGAGGGCUGUGCUGUGUAGGCUGCACUCUACAUAAGCUCUCAACCUGCGGGACUGCGCGCACAUACUGCCGACUGGAGAUCGCAGGUAGCAUCUGGUGGCUUGACUUACACAUCAGAGGCUCUGAUUUGUGCUUAUUUUCACAAGGACAAGCUUAAAUCCAGGAUUGUCUGACGAGAUCUUUCAUACAUCCUCCGUUCCUGAUCUGCCCAUCGGGUGCAUAGAGCAGUACAAUGCGGCGGCUGUGCUGUUGACUAAUUGGACACCCCCUCCACCUUUUUUUCUUCUUUUAUUUUGCUUUUUUUUUGCCGGUUCUUACUCAAGGAGGCACAUUUCCAAAUCAAUGAUGAAGCUCAAACCAAACCAGACCAGGACAUACGAUGGCGACGGUUUCAAGAAGAGAGCGGCAUGUCUGUGUUUCAAGAAUGAACGUGAAGAAGAGGUUCUGCUGGUCAGCAGCAGUCGGCAUCCAGACCAGUGGAUCGUCCCCGGAGGAGGGAUGGAGCCAGAGGAGGAGCCAUGUGGCGCAGCAGUGCGAGAAGUGUUUGAGGAGGCCGGUGUGAAGGGCAAACUAGGACGCUUGCUUGGUGUAUUUGAGCAAAACCAAGAUCGUAAGCACCGAACGUACGUGUACGUGUUGACUGUGACGGAAACCCUCGAGGACUGGGAAGACUCUGUCAACAUAGGUCGUAAGCGGGAGUGGUUCACCGUGGAAGAAGCCAUCAAAGUGCUGCAGAGCCACAAACCCGUUCACGCCGAGUACCUGCGGAGGCUCCAGCUCAGCUGCUCUCCCACCAAUGGAAACUCCAUCCUCCCGAGCCCCUCAUCAAACGACAACUACCCCCAUUACAGCGCUACACCCACCACACCCUCGACGGGCAGCGUGCUGGGCUCCUCCUGCAGAUAGGACUGCAACUCAACCUCCUGUCCUGUCUAGCUGAGACAGUUCACCUAAAGUCUGUACAGUCUCGUGCAUGAAUCUAAAGACUUUUUCAGAGUUGUGGCUCUUCUUGUAUGUAUAGUUUCUAAUCUUAGCUGCAGGACAGACCAAAGCCAUUGCCAGAGCCGUGUUAAAGACUGAGCAGGAGAAGCUGGGAACACUCUGGCAGAGAAACUGUGAUUGUGGCUAAAUCGAACACUUUUCUUUUGCUGGCAAACGUCAGAAUGAGGAGCUGAAGUUUGGGACGAAGAAGCUGCAGACUCUGCUGGUACGAGUGACCUCGUGAAGGAAUGCCUUACAGAAACUUUGUAUGAAUGUGGUAUUGGGGUUGUUUUGUUUCACUGAUGGUCCUUUUUAUGUCAUUUUAUUUGAACGAAUAUGCUGCGUGAAUUCUAAUAAAGCGUAGUCGACAGUG